GAGCCUCAGCGGUUUGAAGCAACCACUUGACUUCUAAACCUUCAAAACCUCUAAGUUUCUCUCUCCUCUCUCUCUAACUCUCUUCCUACAAUGGAGGUCCAACAAAAAACCCUAAACCUUACUUCCACCUCAAAUACAAUCAAAUUUCUAUGCAGCUAUGGCGGAAAAAUUCUCCCUCGUCCUUCUGAUGGUCAACUUCGUUACGUCGGCGGCCUCACUCGCGUUGUCUCCGUUCAUCGUUCCAUAUCCUUCUCCGAAUUAAUGACGAAGCUCGAGAAUCUAUGCGGUUAUUCGGUGAGUCUCCGAUGUCAGCUACCGAGCGAAGAUCUCGAUGUUCUAAUUUCGAUCAAAUCCGACGACGAUCUCGUCAAUGUAUUCGAAGAAUACAACAGAGCGUCGUCGAUUUCCGGUAAAGAGUUGAAGGUCAGAGCAAUUCUAUCACCUCCAAAAACCUCGUUCUCAACGUCACCAGCUUCAUCUUCUUCGUCGUCGUGUUCUGGCGCUGAUCUCUCUCCUACAAACGGCGAUCGUCACAGAUUUGUCAACCAUAGACCACCGUUGCCAGCUGUUCGACGACCUUCUCCACCAGCGAGAAGAGUUCCAUACGGUGUCGUUCGGGAUUGCUACUACUACCAUCCUUGCCAUAUUCAAGCCAAUUUUCGGCCUUCUUCAUACUUCAUCCGUUUGCACUAAAUUAUUUUUCAAUAAAACAAUAUUAUUUUCCUCCCUUAAAUUUCUGAAGUAAUUAAACAAUAUAUACAGAGUAAAUUUUUUUGGCAAUAUGAUCAAACGUUAAAAAAAAUAUAUUAAUCGGCCUUUAUAGUUUUUGUAUGGGGUCAAUGUAAUUAGUUCUGUAAAAUAUAGUAGCAGCAAGUUCUGUGUAUACUACUGAGAAUCCGGAGUUGUUGAAAUUCGAUUGCUCAAUCCCUAUAUUUUUCCGGUGAUUCUCAGAUUCUAAUGCCUAUUUUUUUUGGCCUUGGAUUUUUUGGAAUUUGGACCCCUCAAUUUUAGCCAAUUUAGGGUUUUCGUUUUUUUUCUUCUUUUGUGUGGUUAAGCGAUUUAAUCGCAAAUUCCACUACUCCGUAAUUAAAACUACCACGUAUGCCCUGUGUGUGUUGUGUCUUGUGUUGUUGUGUGUGUGAGUGUUUUUUUUUAUUUUAAAAUAAAUAUUUUGGCCUUAUUGUAUAGUACUCCGUAUAUAUAUUAUGUAUAUGUAUGUAGUAUACGUAUUAUGUGUGUAUGUGUAUUGUGUGUAGCGUAGUGUAUUGUGUCCGUGUAGUGUACUUCAUAUGUGUAUGUGUAUGUGUAUGUGUAUGUGUGUUUUGUGUAUGUCCUGUUUGGGUUACUACAUGGUUUGGUUGAUCAUUUGUUAUGAAUUUAUUCUAAAAUAGUCGAUUCUGUAUUUGAUCAUUCAUAUGAAGGUGCAUUACUAAUUUCUUUGUUAUUUCCUUGAUUAUUGCAGGUCAAAAAGGGCAGAAGACAUUGUAAUGAUUCUAUUUCUAUACAGCUGAAAUAUUGUUGGACUACACUUAAUGAAUUAUGACUAAACCCCGAAACUUACGCAAAGUGAUAAUGACGUUUCUAAACUAAUCAACAAAUGGACAAAUUAUUUAUUAUUCCUAUUCCUAGGAAUAAUGAAAAAACAAAUGACGAAAUAGUGAUGAAAGAAAAAGCAAAAUAAAACAAAGAAGAUGGCAAGUGGAAAUGGGCCUGGGCUUUGGUGGGCCUUCAAUGAUGGAGAUAAGGAUAUGAUCCGCACUUGUGACGUUAAGUUUGGGUCCCUUGGCAAUAAAAUUAAGGGAAUACUUGAACAGUUUUGGGAAAAGGUUAGUUUAUGCGGCCUCAAUGUGGACGUGUCAACCAUAAUGUGGGACCCAUUUCAUACGAUUGAGUUGAAUUGUGUAUAAGAUAAGAUUGAAAGGGGGCUAACAAAUAUGGGACCAUGGCUUUCUGGCUAUUGUUAGAGGCAGAGAGAGAUUACAUUAGUAUCCAUUGUCAACCAUAUGGAACACUCCAUUCGUUUUUAAAAGAUUGCUCCAUUUUCUAUUUAUUUAAAUUCCAAUUUACAUAAACUUUCUUCACCUAUUUACAGUGAAGAAUUUCACAUACUAAUACGCAAAUCACUUGAUGUAACUUUUAUAAAGCAAAAAUAAAAAUGGAUCAAUCUGUAAAGA